GCGCAGAGUAAAGAAGGAAGUGGAUGGAGGCGGUCCAACCGGUUCUCUCUUCCACCUCAGCACUCUCCAAGCCGGAGAGAGUCCAUCGGGGUCUGGAUGUAUUUGCCAAGCGUUUAGAGGGGGGGGGUUCUCGUAGAGCGGCUUCACAUCGGAUCCAGGAGGCACGUGAACGCAGCAUGGGGGACGAGACGUACAAUUUUGUCUUCAAGGUGGUUCUAAUCGGGGAGUCCGGUGUCGGCAAGAGCAACCUGCUGACCCGCUUCACCAAGAACGAGUUCAACCACGACAGCCGCACCACCAUCGGUGUGGAGUUCAGCACCCGCACCGUCCAGCUGGACAACUGCACCAUCAAGAUGCAAGUGUGGGACACGGCCGGACUGGAGCGCUACCGGGCCAUCACCUCAGCGUAUUACAGAGGGGCUGUGGGCGCCCUGCUGGUCUUCGACAUCACCAAGCACCUGACCUACGAGAGCGCCGAGCGCUGGCUGAAAGAACUGUACGACCACGCAGACCCUCACAUGGUGGUCAUGCUGGUGGGCAACAAGAGCGACCUGGAGCACCUGAGGACCAUACCUGCUGAGGAGGCCAGGGCCUUUGCAGAGAAGAAGGGUCUGUUGUACAUGGAGACGUCUGCGUUGGAUUCCACCAACGUGGAAGCGGCCUUCACGGACGUCCUCACAGCGAUCCACCGCAAGGUGGCGAGCAGAGAGGUGACCCGGGGCUCCAUCAGCGCCGUCACCCUGUCGGCGCCCAUCAGUCCCAGCAGCGACGGCCAGGAGGAGGGCAGGAGGUGCUGCGGCAGCUGAGCGCCAGCACGGACUCACACCGUGUAAGUUGCAUGAAAAAGGCCAACACUCCGGACUUUCUUGGUGAAGUCGUGUCGUUGUUGUAAAUCAAAGCCCUGGCAAUCAUUUGGAAUAAAUUAUUUAAUUAUUUUG